AGAACGCUGGCCGGACGGAGAGACUGCGGGACUGAAGCACUGGCGGGCGGGCGGGCCGAAAGGCGCUGCCGAGGCCGAGCUGGGCCGAGCCCAGGAGCGCCGGGGAUGUAGCGGGCCACCCUGCCCAUGCCACAGCGCCCGGCCGCGGGCGGAGCCCGAGCCGGAGCCUGGGGAGGCGGCGGGGGCCCCGAGCGCAGCCCGCGCCCCCCGCGCGGAACCUGGCCCGCUGCCGUCCCCGCCGCCCGGGCCCCCGGCAUGCAGCCCCGGCGGCGGAGGUGACACUCCCUGGCCCGAACCGCCGCCGCCGCCAUCGCCACCAUGGACGAACAGGAGGCAUUGAACUCGAUCAUGAAGGAUCUGGUGGCCCUUCAGAUGAGCCGACGUCCCCGGGUGCCUGGAUAUGAGACCAUGAAGAACAAGGACACAAGUCACCCAAAUAGGCAGAAAAAACACAACAGCAGCAGCUCAGCCCUUCUGAACAGCCCCACAGUAACAACAGGCUCAUGUGCAGGGGCCAGUGAGAAAAAGAAAUUUUUGAGUGAUGUCAGAAUCAAGUUUGAGCACAACGGGGAGAGGCGAAUUAUAGCAUUCAGCCGUCCUGUGAGAUAUGAAGAUGUGGAGCACAAGGUGACAACAGUAUUUGGGCAACCUCUUGAUCUACAUUACAUGAACAAUGAGCUCUCCAUUCUGCUGAAAAACCAAGAUGAUCUUGAUAAAGCAAUCGACAUUUUGGAUAGAAGCUCAAGCAUGAAAAGCCUUAGGAUAUUGCUGCUGUCCCAGGACAGAAAUCAUACCAGUUCCUCUCCCCACUCAGGGGUGUCCAGGCAGGUGCGGAUCAAAGCUUCCCAGUCCGCGGGGGAUAUAAAUACUAUCUACCAGCCUCCCGAGUCCAGAAGCAGGCACCUCUCAGUCAGCUCUCAGAACCCUGGCCGAAGUUCACCUCCUCCUGGCUAUGUGCCUGAGCGGCAGCAGCACAUUGCCCGGCAAGGGUCCUACACCAGCAUUAACAGUGAAGGGGAGUUCAUCCCAGAGACCAGCGAGCAGUGUGUGCUGGAUCCCCUGAGCAGUGCUGAAAAUUCCUUGUCGGGAAGCUGCCAAUCCUUGGACAGGUCAGCAGACAGCCCAUCCUUCCGGAAAUCACGAAUGUCUCGAGCCCAGAGCUUUCCAGAUAACAGACAGGAAUACUCAGACCGGGAAACUCAGCUCUAUGACAAAGGGGUCAAAGGUGGAACCUACCCCCGGCGCUACCAUGUGUCUAUGCACCACAAGGACUACAAUGAUGGCAGAAGAACAUUUCCCCGAAUACGGCGUCAUCAAGGCAACCUGUUCACUCUGGUGCCCUCCAGCCGCUCCCUGAGCACAAACGGCGAGAACAUGGGUCUGGCAGUGCAAUACCUGGACCCCCGUGGGCGCCUGAGGAGUGCGGACAGCGAGAAUGCCCUCUCUGUGCAGGAAAGGAACGUGCCUACCAAGUCUCCUAGUGCUCCCAUCAAUUGGCGCCGGGGCAAGCUCUUGGGCCAGGGUGCCUUCGGCAGGGUCUAUUUGUGCUAUGACGUGGACACGGGACGUGAACUUGCCUCUAAGCAGGUCCAAUUUGACCCAGACAGUCCUGAGACAAGCAAGGAGGUGAGUGCUCUGGAAUGUGAGAUCCAGUUGCUGAAGAACUUGCAGCAUGAGCGCAUUGUGCAGUACUACGGCUGUCUGCGGGACCGUGCUGAGAAGACUCUGACCAUCUUCAUGGAGUACAUGCCAGGGGGCUCGGUGAAGGACCAAUUGAAGGCCUACGGAGCUCUGACGGAGAGUGUGACCCGAAAGUACACCCGGCAGAUCCUGGAGGGCAUGUCGUACCUGCACAGCAACAUGAUUGUCCACCGGGACAUCAAAGGAGCCAACAUCCUCCGAGACUCUGCUGGGAAUGUGAAGCUGGGGGACUUUGGGGCCAGCAAGCGCCUGCAGACCAUUUGCAUGUCAGGGACAGGCAUGCGCUCGGUCACUGGCACACCCUACUGGAUGAGCCCUGAGGUGAUAAGCGGCGAGGGCUACGGAAGGAAGGCAGACGUGUGGAGCCUGGGCUGCACUGUGGUGGAGAUGCUAACAGAGAAACCACCUUGGGCAGAGUAUGAAGCAAUGGCUGCCAUUUUCAAGAUUGCCACCCAGCCCACCAAUCCUCAGCUGCCCUCCCACAUCUCUGAACAUGGCCGGGACUUCCUGAGGCGCAUUUUUGUGGAGGCUCGCCAGAGACCUUCAGCUGAGGAGCUGCUCACACACCACUUUGCACAGCUCGUGUACUGAGCUCUCAAGGCCAUGCUGCUGCUGGCUGCCCCCUGCUAUACCAGCAGGGGGCUGCUGCAGGGCUCAGCGAAGUUGCUGCUUCUCCCAGGCAAGGCUGUGGACCAUGGAGCUGCAGUCCAGCCAGCAUCUGUAUGUGCCCUUCCACCACUGGGGCUCAGAGUCAGGAUGGUUGUCUGCAGCCUCAAGGACUGGGAGUUCCCAGCCUGUUAAACCCCAGAGCUCAUCAUCCUAAGCUCAGCGUGGAGGGGAAGGAGCUGGGAACAGUGUGCAAAGUGGCCAUGGGCCCCACUCUCGGGGACAUGUCCUGACACUGCAAUCGGCGCCAAAGCCCAAAGGGUCUGGGUCAUAGGACUGAUGCCAGGGUAUGAAUAGUGUUAUUUUCAUUCAGAGUGUUAUUUUGUUUCUCCUCUCAACGUCUGGAGACCACCAGGGUGUCUCUGAGAUGGAUGAGCCCACUUAAGCCUGGGGUAAAGCCCAGCAUCCCCCAGCCAAUGGAAGGCAGAGGCCCAGGCUGCCCUCUCCCUUAAAACUCCGGGUCAGCUUCACCAGUCCUUGUCCUUUACCAAAGAUGAAUGAAGCAAAUGUUAUGCUGCCUUAUUCAGGGAAGGAGGAGCCUGUCCUGCCUGCCCCCAUGACUCCCCUCCCCCACGCAGGGGACUGAGAUGUGGAACUGCCCCUACUGAGGGGGGAGACCCAGUUUUGUCAAUGCAAUUGUCUCUGUUUUACAAGUUGGAGUCACUCUUAUGCUGUACCCAGUUUCUAAACUGGAGACUUUGUGUGCCCUCUGGGCUCUGAGUACCCCUGCUAUGGGCUUGGGCCUUGGCUGGAUUGGAAAGAGCUGAAGGUAACAGUCUUUGUGCUCCUGGCCUGGCACCUGCCCCCACACCGGAGCAGAAAGGAAGGUGGACAACACAGGGCAACUGGCCCGGCUGGAUUGCCCUGAGCCUGGAGUGGGCCAUUCAGGAAAGCUAGGGGAGUGUUUCAGGCUGUCUGAGUUGUGACCCACCAAGCCAGAGCUCUCUCCAUCUGGUAGAAGGGAAAGCCCACAUGCUGCCGACUGUGUCCAAAACUGCCAGCUCUGUUCUUCCUUAGCCAGCCUUGCCCAUCCCCAUGAGGUCUCAGCUUCUUUGUCCCUUCUUUCUUCUCCCUUGGGAGACGAAUGGCAGCAAGGGUCGGGGAAACAGUAUCUCCAAGCAGCUUAGAGUUGGCCAGAUUUACCUCAGCCUGGGCGCUGGUCCUUUCUUCCGGCCCCUCCUCUCCAAAAUGUGCCUAUUGCUAGAGCUCCUCCUUCUCAACACCCAGAUUCUUUGGGAGUUGUCAUUACAGGAAGAAAAAAAAGCCAGUGCCCGGGGAUGGGCGUCUCCAGGGAGCUGGGGAUUAGUGCCAGGCAGCUCAUUGCCAGCCAUGCCCACUUCCCCACGGGCACAGAACAAGCCAAAGCCUUCGUUGUGUGUUGACGAUGCACUUUUAUGAAUGUAGUUUCUAUCGCUGUUUUUAGCCUUUUCACAUCAUGUAAUGUGAGGCCUUGUACUUGUUAAUUUAUAUCUCAGAUCAUAUUUGAUGGUUUUUAUAUAUAUCAAUUCUAGACUGUUACAGGUGAUGGACGCCUCGAGAGAGAGAGAAGAGAAAAUGAAAGCAGCUGGUUUUGCAGAAAUGUGUGUUGCAUGGUGCCAACUGGGCCUGGGCUCUUCUGUUUCUGUCCCUUUUCCUCAAGGGGCCUCUGCUAGGCCCCAUCCACCCCACACUGCCUUCUGAAGACAGUAAGCACAUGCUCCUUCCUCCAUCUCGGUCCUUGCCCAGGGUGGGGACUGGCCCCUCAUCUUGACCAAAGCUGCUGUGUGGCAGCUCGGCCUCUCCCUGACCCCAUCCUGAUGGCUGUAGAAUUCUUUUUGGCCCACACCCUUGUCCCCAGUCCCUGUUCCCCAAGAGGAAACGAGUGUGGUGCCAGCUGACAAGAUGAGACGACUCUGUGUGUCCCAGGUUCAGGCUCUCACAGAGCCCCACCCCGCUGGGGUCUUACAUCACAGGAAAUGUGUUUUAAAAUGAAUUUGAAAACAAGCCAACAAACCCUGCACCUCAGAAAACAAAAAAGGCCCUGAUAUUUUUGUGCCAAAAACUGUGGACAUGCUGGCUCAGCAUCCUCAGGCCCAAGCUGUUGCUUAAUUUUUUUUUUUUUAAACUAAUCCAGAUGAAAAGUUGUGGGGCUCUAGGAUAGCAUGGGCCCAAAGGUUCUGAAAGGCAGUUUGCUAGCAGCCCCAGGCUUAGCUGGGGGAAGGGACCAUGCUGCCAUUUUCUCAUUCCACGGGGUGUGUCUGCCUUGGCCAACCCUGCAUGGAGAGGUCAGGGCUGGGGAUAGUCCACACUGUGCCACUCUCCUGCUCCUCCCACCCACCCCAGCUCUGUGUCUAUGUCUGAAUUGUGGAUCGUGCAGAAGAACCUGCAGCCAUAGUUAUUUGAUUAUAUCUUGACCGAGGGCUUGCAGUGCAAAGCCAGGCCAGUGUCCUGCAUUACUUACAAUAAAAGGGAUCAUUUAUACCA